UAUACGAAGUUAAAAAGAUUGGAGAUUUUGUUCACUUUUUGUAUGGUAAAAUAUCUGUCUACCUAUCUCCUCAUAAACGUGCCCAUUUUAUUCCGAAAGCAAACGGUUCAGGCCGUCUGCCGGUAGAAACUCGGGUUUUGCAAUUAAAUCUCAGUGGUGAAACUAUGGAGACUUCAGAAAUGAAGGUGGAGGCUCAGCCUGCAGAGCAACAGCCUGCAGAACAACAACCUGCACCAAAUAAUGGACCACCAAAACCAAAGAAAAAGAAAAAGAGAAAGCAGCCACAGCACUCUGCUGACAUAGUGUUCACCAAAGGCAAUUCCUUCCAAACAACUCCCUCUCUGAGCAAAGUGUUGAAGGACAUCACAGACACCAUCAUUGGUCUUCAGUAUGUCUGGGAGUACCGCAGCCCGAGUAAAACUGUCCAGCCGCACUACCAGUGCAAACUGUGCUCCCUGUCCCGUGUGCAGCAUGACAUGGUUGAUCAUGUGAAAGGCUGGAAACACAGCUUCAGAUACAUGAAAAAGGCUCAUCCUGAUAAGGUUACCUGUGAAGAGGAAGAUGGCGUCAAAGACCCUGGGGUCAGAAAGGCAGUUAAAGCUGCUGCUGCUGAGGUUGAAAAGGCAGAGGGGAGGGGACAAAUAAAGGUGAUUCUCAAGGAACCCUAUUUGGUUCCUGCUUUUAAAGGACUCCGUUCUGCUGCACCUAGAGUUGCACCUCCACCAGGUCAGGGGAGGAGACCAAUGGGUCCCCCACUUGGUCCUAGGUUCCAUGACUCGGGGUUUCCAGGAGAGUUCCUCCAUCAUGGAGGUCCCCUUCUUGACUUUCCAGGUGUUGAAUACGAAGAACCUGAUUAUGGGGGCUAUAUGUCAGGACCAGCUUUUCCUGAGAGAGGUAUGAAUAGAGGUCCUUUCUUAGACGCUAUGGAUCCUGGACGGGAUGAAUAUGGCAGGGGUGGACCAAUGGCUGAAAGCCUAAACACGUUGUAUCCUGAGGAGUACCAAGACAACUUCAUGGAUAGACCAAUGAGCAAGCCAAUGGACCGACCCAGAUUAGUAGGAGCAGCGCCAGAGAGUAACAUCCCUGUUGUGCUUAAACACCUGGACUCUUUCCGAAUAGAGAAUGAGAGCGAUGCACAGCUGGUCUUGAAAGUGACACAAAAACUGACAGAUGUGCUGAUGGAUUACAGGCUAAGGACCAGUCCAGCGGCAUCAACUGUUGGCAGCCUGUCCAUGAGGUCCACGGACUUCUCUAACAGAUUGCUGGGCAUCAACGACCAAUAUUCAGGUCCAUCCAGAUAUCCUGAUGGUCCGCCGAGGUAUUUCAAAUGAUCAUCUGAAGAUGGCACCUCACUCUUAUCCAUCUUUCACAAAUGCACAACAGUUGUGGAAGUCCAGUUUUUUCCCCUGUAUAUAUUUUUAGGUUGGGCUUUUGUUUUUUCUUAAUAAAGCUGUUUUCCUGGGAUGUUUUUUUUUUCCUGCAAAACUUCCUCUGAUCAUGGGAAGUUUUGCAUAACAUUGCCAUGACAUGUGUUAGUUGAUUAGUUGUAUUUACUGUUGUCCUUUUCCAGAUGUAAUAAAAGGUCGUUAGCGUAA